AUGACUCAAAACGCGGACGAUUCAACAGCGGUGGAAUGCUUGCUAUCAAGCAACGAAGCUAAUCGAUCUGCCGUUGGAACACCGAUUGAUAAUCGGAAGGAAGAAAAGGUCAAAACUCGCAAAAAUCAAAGGUUCGACCUAACUAGGGAUGUACCUCGGGAAAGAGGGCGGAAGAAGGCUGGGCAAUCAAUAAACCAUUUGCUUAAUUUUACAAUAUCAUCUGAAGAUUAUCCAACGGAUACUCACGGUCAUCAUCGCAGAAAUCCAAAAUAUCGCGUUUCUACUUUUAAUAAGGAACAAUAUUUGCAAGCUAACUGCCAAUUCUUAGUUCGCGCCGAUGGUGAUUACGCACUUCACAACAUUGAUCCUGAUGUUCUCGUCCAAUGGGAUAACAUCGAACAAGUACGGCUAUGGUGCCAUGAACUACCGUCUUGUCCGAUUUGUUUGUACCCACCUACCGCUGGUAAACUAAAAUUACCAGAUGCGGCCAUAUUUUCUGCUGGCCUUGUAUAUUGCAUUAUUUGUCUUUGUGUAAUCAGUAUUGCUAAGCAUCGCUAUGCACUGGGAGAGGAUAUUACGCUAUGUCUAAUGCGAAGACGUAAGGAUUCAACCAUGGUACAGAUAGCAUCUGAAUUGGAUGAUGUUCUGAGAACAUCCUAUAUUGAAGAUUAUCGGGAAACAUUUUCGAAGCUCAUUUUAAUAACAACCGAUCAAGUUAUUAAAAGGGUGGAAGAACUCACAUACAUCAACCGAGCCUUAGAUCUACUCCAGGUUCGAAAGAAGCAACUUACGGAAAUUGACAGUAUUUGUGUUGAUGAAGUGGAGCACUCAAAGAACACAUCUUUAAAUACUCAGGAUGCUAAAAGCACACACACAAACGCAAGUGCUGCCAAAGUCAACCACCAAGAUGUCUUACAGAGAAUUUCUGAUGAGCCGAACGAUAUCGGAAGUGCCGUUAGUAGCGAUAAAUUAGCAAUGGCUCAACCACCUUACGAACCUCCGGAUAACUCCUACUACCUAUAUCAGGCAAAGGACGGCCAACAUAUCUACUUGCAUACAUUUAAUGCGAAGUGUUUAAUUAAGGAAUAUGGUAGCCUUAAAAAUGCUCCUAGAAUGCUUACCGCUAGAAUUAUAGACCUCGAGCAAUUUUCAGUGACCGAAGAAUUUCGCAGUAGAAAUCGCUACCUAAGACAUUUGCCACUGACAUGUAUGGUAUACAUUUGUGAACUUGAUCUAAGGCAACCUACUCUUUCAAGGCCUAUUCUGCAGACAUUUUCAAGAGAAAUACGUCAGCGCAAGGAACGACGACGGAAGAAAUUGUUAGCCGAGAAACGCUGUUUUACCAAUAAACUUAAAGAUAAAACAGUACCACCUCCCAAUACACUUGAAAGCUUUCCUUCCAUGGGAUUUGUCUUGACAGGUGCUACCGCUACGUUGUCUAUCUCAACUGAACCUGUCGAAGAACCAGCUCCUGAAGGUAGUGAAUCAGAAUCGUGCCGUAAUUUAGAUGUACAGCCUUCAUUCGCUCAGGCUCUUCUCAGUAAUGUAAAAUCUUCCGGUAAUGAUUUAAGUUCGGCCAACGUUCCCGAAUUUAAGGAUGCAUUAAGAAAGAAUGAGAAGAUACCUUUCAAGUUAAAUGACGAUUCAGAUAAUGAUAUAAAUCCUAUACCUUCUUACCGCGAGUCAUUUAUGAACUCUUUGUCUAACAAUUGGGGCGUUAAUCGCGAAUUACGACCAUUAGAAGUAAAUACAUCGAAUAGGUUACCUAAAAUUCGCGCAGCCAUCGAAGCGUUUAUCGUAAAAGCCAAUUACACAAAGGAAAUAUUUAGUCAACUCUUAUAUAUAUGGACAAAAUGCUCAUCAUAG